CAAAACUGGAAUAAAUGAUGUAGCUGAAACUGCCGCUAAGCUCAAAUGGGACUGGGCAGGGCACGUCUGCCGUAUGCCGGAUGACCUGUGGGCCAAAACAGCCACCUGUUGGGUCCCACAGGUUGUAAGGCGUCACGGUAGACCUCGUCGGAGAUGGCGGGACGAACUUGAUGCCUUCGACAGAGACUGGUGGGAGACUUCCGAGGAUAGGGACACGUGGAAGAAUAAGAGGGAGGCCUUUGCCCAGCAGUGGGACAGUAUGGGCUCAUAAUAAUAAAAAAUAUAGCAAUGUCGUUUUGUGAAAUACCCGGAUUUUCAUGAAAAAUGUUCACAAUUUUUUUUCGUAUUUCAAGUUCUUUGGACUGCAUUUUUUUAAUUAUAUCAAAUCUUAUAAAAAUACUGUAACAGCUUGAUAUAAUACAAUUUUGACAACACAUCGCCAAAAUGAACGCCAACAGAUCGAAUUCAAACCGACCAGAUUUUUUCGUGUCCACACUUUAGGUUUAGUUUUAGUUGUUUUAUUUUAUAGGUACUUAAUCGAUCUUUUAAUAUUCAUUUUACCUGUAGGCAUAAGAUUGUUUUAUAAUCGACUUAGGCUUUGCGAUUUUGUAUUCAAAUGUGAGAGUUAACGCAGCGGACAAUAUUGUAUCGUACAAUUAUUUUAGUAGUAGACACAAAAAAUCCGUUAUAUUAUAAACCCAUUAUCGUCCGCUGCCUUUUACCUUUUUAAAUUUGUAACUACCUACGCUUGUUUGUAAUUCGUGCUUCAAAUGAGGACCCCCAGUGAGGUCGCAGUGAUCGAAAGUCUACUAUCUUGGAACACUAGUGACGUUAAUGUUUUCUAGAUAUUAAACUCUAUAAAACAAUCUGUAGUAAGUACAUUAGAAUACGAUAGAAAUUUGAAAUGUGCACUGAAAAUAGCAUUAUACUCGUAAUAUUCAGCAAAUUCAAAUAUUCGUAUUCGUUACAUUUCUAAAUCCCUAAUGAUUAUGAGCAAGUUAUUUCAAAUAAUUUGCCCGUGUAAGAAUUAAUAAUGUGCAAAAGGCAGAUGUUUAACUAAUUUCCUUCUUUCUUUGACUUUCUUUUCCAGGAAACUAUUGGUUUAAUAUAGAAACAGUAAGUAUGCUUCCACUUAUACUUCAUGCGUGUUGAAAUUUCUUUUUCGUGAUGAAAAUAUCUCAGUUAUCCCCUCUGCACUGCAUUCUGUAGUAUUUUGGUAUUAGAGUCGCGCAGGGACAGUUUGGACGCGAUCCAGUCGUGCGCUGAGCUCACGCCGCGAGCGCGCAACAACAAUACAAUUUAUCGGAAACUGAUUACUGUUUCCAGUUAAUAACUACAGUUAUUUAAAGAAACUGUAUGUGUGUGUGUGUGUGAUAAAAUUUACAUAUAUCGAACUAAAGUGUAAUCACCAAUAUUCAUUUCGGAACUUUUAUCUGUGAUAAAUAUGUAUAUAUGUAUAUUUUUAACUAAACUCUAACCUAUAAUCAUAAUACCUACAUGUAACUAGAAGCAUGUUUUAAUUCCACAAGGCGAAAUAAUAUUGUUUCUAUAAAAACCAACGCGCAAACAAAUAAAAAAACUAGCUUCCUACUAUUUUAAGCACAUCGUAAACUGUGCAAACUGAAGCACAUAAACAAGAUGGCUUCUAGCCGGCACGCGGCUUCACUUAUAAAUCACAAUACGUUUAUUUGUGUUCUCAUCUCUCUCUUGCUUCCAUCUGCACCAGAGAGUGCGGCGAGGACGUUUGAUGAUAACCGGCGAGUGCCCAAUGAAGACGGAGGACGCAGACUAUCCCGAGAAUACGAUCUGAGACAAGGUGCACUGAGAGGGUUAAUUGUAAAACCAAGUCGUCAGUAUGACUUGCAAAGCGUUGAAAUGUUUUUGGGUAUACCUUACGCUGCGCCACCCGUGGGCAACUUCCGUUUUAUGCCACCCGCCAGUGCCCCAUCAUGGUCCGGUGUAAAGAUGGCAACACGAUUUGCUCCCGUGUGUCCACAAUCGCUUCCUGCAAAAAAAAAAGAUGAUCCACAGUCCUUGGGUCGGCAGCGGUAUAUGGAGCGGCUGGAGCCGUUUUUAGCACAUGAGUCAGAAGACUGUCUAUACCUUAAUAUCUACGUUCCUUAUAGAGAACAAAAACCAAAAAAGUUUCCUGUAUUAGUAUUUAUCCAUGGCGAUUCCUUUGAAUGGAGUACUGGAAAUGCAUACGACGGUAGAAUUUUGGCUUCGUAUGGAAAUAUCAUGGUUAUAACCUUGAACUAUCGUUUGGGUAUUUUAGGUUUUCUGAAGCCAAGCAUGACUGAAUAUGUAUACAAUAAUAAUGGUCUUCUUGAUCAACUAGCUGCCUUACAAUGGAUCAAGGACAAUAUCGAAGAUCUGAAUGGGGAUCCCAACUCCGUCACAUUAAUGGGUCACGGGACCGGGGCUGCAUGCGUUAGUUUUCUGAUGCUGUCACCUAUAUCUAAUGGACUAUUUCAUCGAGCUAUUCUCAUGUCUGGGUCUGCGUUAUCCGACUGGGCAUUAACAAAAGAUCCAACGCAAUAUACUUUACAAGUAGCUCAAAGUCUAGGAUGCAAUCCAACAUCUAAAUAUUUAAUGACUUGUUUGCAGAAUAAGCCAUUAUCAGAAAUAAAAAAAAUUCAAAUUCUGGCGAGGGAAUUUGAAACUCCGCUUGGACCAGUCGUGGCUGGUUCGUUUAUACCCGACAAGCCAUUCAAAAUCAUGGCUUCUUAUCCUAAUCUCUUGAGCAAGUAUCAACUUUUAAGCGGAGUUACGGAAUAUGAAACUUAUCACGACUUCGGGGCAAUCGAACUUGAACAUGGUAUUUUAGAAACUCAGCGUGACGAAUUCAUUACUAAAUAUAUUAAAUUAAUAUUUGAAGGUGCCGACGAUGUACCCAUAAAAGAAAUAUUGAAACAAUAUGCCCCUUCAAAGUUAGAUCCUCAAAGAUGGAGCGUCGAGACGAACCGUGACGUAAUCCUUAAUCUAUUCAGCGAUGCCAGGACUGUGUCACCGCUAGUUACUUUUGCUAAUUAUCAUUCUAAAGCAAAUGUGCAAUCGUAUUUCUAUGUGUUCGGGCAUAAUUCAAUUAGCACACAUUACGCUGCCCUAAAUAAAAGUGUCCACGGAGAAGAAUUGCCUUAUGUAUUGGGUGCACCUCUGGGAGGUGCAAAUACUCACUUUCAUUCCGAAUACACACCGAAAGAAAAACUACUGAGUGAAGCUAUAAUGAGAUUAUGGACUAACUUUGUAAAAAUCGGGACACCCAAUACGCAGAGUGUAAACGAAUAUUUGACUUUAGACCGCAGGCAAUGGGAUCAAUAUAAUGUUGAAUGGCCAGAGUACAACGAGGAACAUAAAUCGUAUUUAAAAUUAGACAUUCCACCCUUAGUAAGCAGUUUUUACAGAUCUCGUUAUACCAAGUUUUGGAUUGACACCUUGCCUUAUAAUAUGACGAAAUUUGUCAGAGACCCUUUAUACGAGUUUACGCCUACACCGACAACACAAAAACCAAAAGUGGUUAAUAGAGCACAAGAUCCUAUAAGAAGAAUUUGGACCCCUACUAUCAUUGACACGCCUCGUGUUAAUUCGCCGAUGUAUGGUAGAGUAAAACCGUAUUCUCCACCAGUCUACUCGCCAAAUACUGACGCUAUUUACCAUGAAAUACAGGCAAUAAAUUCACCGUCUAGGCCUAUUUCACCGAAAAUAAUGGAGAAAAGUACAGUUUAUUCUUCAACUUCGAAGCCUAAAAAUCUAAACGAUGUUCAAGUGAAAACGUCUACAUCAACGAUUACUCUUAUUGUAUCACUGGGAAUUCUUUUUCUAGCCGUAAAUGUUGGAAUUUGCGCCGUCUUAUGUUUUAAGAAGAGAAAUAUCAAUUUGCGGGAAAACAUGGUACAACUUAAUCGUCAAACCCGCGCAAAUGUUGGCGAGAUUGAUAUUAUCGGUCAAAAAAAUUCAAAAGAUGAUAAAAAUACUCUUCAAACGCUAAAAACUGGUUGUAGCGUUAUAAAAUCAAUGAGUCUUAGUAAAAUGAGAGGCAAUCAAAAUGCAAAAAAUAAACAAGAAUUGUGCAAAACGCCCAAGUCAGACGAUUCAGGUGGCUUUCGAGAACGCUUUCAACUUAGGAGACAUCUUUCAACCAGUACGUUAGAUGCACAUACUAAAGUAAAAGACUGGAUUGCAAAUGAAGUAAUGCAUAGAUGUUCACCUAAUAUAAUCCGAAAAUCAAAUGCUGAACUUAAUGUAAAUAAUCGACCUGCUCCUCCUAACAUAUUUACAAGAUCAGAAGAAUUACUGCCAAAUGCCAAAAUUCCUAAAACAUUACACAUUAAAACUGAUUUUGGACGAAAAGGAUGUACACUGAAUAAUGCCAAUGACCAAAAAAACACUUCAGCUUCUAAAUUCAGUUCAUCAUCAUCUAUUUCCAGUCAUAAAAAAUCAAUGAAUUCUAGUAUUAAAGAUGCAGGUAAAUCAACGGACUCUUUAAAAAGCAAGGGAACCGAGAGCUCUGCUUCUAAGAAGGUUUCCGUAGCAAUAGACGCAACACCAACGGCUCGGACAAACUCUAUACUUCAGCAAGAACCUAUAGAGCUAAAAAAGUCAGUCAGCAAAAUUGAUCAAAAACAUUCCGAAAAUGAAAAUAAGGAUACUAAAAUUAAAUUUACUAACGAAGUAACAUUUUCUAUAGAAAAAGAUGAGAUUCCUUUAAAAAUAUUUCAUAAACAUUCCACUUCAGAUCCAGUCACAGACAUAAAUUACGACAUUAUUUUUAAAAACAAAAUUAAGUCUGAUAAAGGAUUAGAAGAUUUAUUACCACCUGUUACGUUCCGAAAUGAUAUUAAUGUUACGUCUGCAAGUGACAAUGUAGAAGUAGAACCCUUAUCAACAUCAGACGCCCUGCUGACAAUUAAAAGGAGGAAUUUUCCAAAAGUCUUGCCAGAUUUACCUCAAUUGCAAAAAAGGUUUUCUUUGCAGCCUACAGCUCUGCAAACGUUUCGUCAUUAUGAAAGAAGUAUAGAAAGUGAUUCAGAUUUUCUUAAGGUUCCACCACAACCACCACCAAGAACAACAACUUUGGAUCGUCGCCUUGCGUAUAAAUACACUAAACAGUUGUCUUCUUUUGAAUCACCCGAUGCAGAGAGAAAUGUUAAAUGUAAUAAUUCUCCUAUUAACUAUGAGAACAUUGAAGAAUUUUCAACGCAAAGAGCGAGCACUUACAAAGGCGGAGAAUCUAUUGUGACUUCUCAGAAUAGAGAAUACCCAAAAGUAAUAAUAUCGUCUGAUGACCCAGUCAGUGCCACAGCUCAUAAUAUAUCUGAUCUUAUUCAAACAUCACCGAGUUUAACAAGUAUGUCGAGUAACGUACCAAGAGUAAGAUUGCCUGACAAUUUUCAUACUUGUAACGACUACUCAGUAGCAUCAUUUUCUUCCGUUUGUUCUGACGAUGACAUAGAGAUUAUGGAAUGUGACUUCACGGAAGACUUUGGUGAAGAUAAACUCAUUCAAGAGUUAGUGGGAGGGGUAGACUCUCCUACUAAUUCCGAGGAUGUGUUAGAUUCUAAGGGUCCAGCAACAAUAUAUGAGAAAAAAAUGGAAAUAGUUCCAGUGAAAGUACAUACUACGUAUACGGUUCCAACAUCUAAAGAAAAUUACGUGUGCAUAACAGAUUUACAACUACCGAAUGACCCAUGUGUUGAAAAAACAGCACAAAUCAAACCUAACUACGGUAUUAAUAAAUUACAAAAAAGAAGUGAAAGUAUUCAUAGACCCCCAGAAAAAGCGGUAAAAGUGAUACAGAGGGGUUUUAUAAGACCCUCGACGAUAUUGAACCGAAGUUUGAAAAAUGCAAUAAAUAAUGAUAAAAGUGAUAAAAACAAACUAGAACAUUCAAAUUCCGGUUCAUCUAACGAUACAGAAGCUAGUACUGGUACUGUGAAGAAAAUAGAAAUUUCAAAAAAGAGCAAAUAACAUUUCUCUGUAAAUUCUACAAAUUUUAAUAUUUAUUUCAAACUACCUGUUUCAUUUCAGAAAUAAAUCCUUUAAGUAAAACCAAUCCUGGUGACCUUGUGAGUGUCAAUAAGAUAUGUACAGAAGCUAUGUAAUUCUGUGUGAAGAAAAUAGAAAGAGAGCAGUUUGAUAUUUCUCCAUGUGCUUAUUUUGAGUCACGUGCAAGCGAAAAUUUUUAUAAUAAUUUAGUCUUGAGCCUAGCAAGGGACUCAAAAGUACACGAGAUGUAAAUAACUUUGAUCUCGUGUAGUCACAAAUUAUCACCUGAGCAAUGAGAACAGAUUAAACGGAAAUAAUAUCCUUAUUGGUCACAUUUUCACCCAUGCUUUCUUAAGGUAUUCUAACAAUAAACAUUAAUUAUCGCAAUAAAACACAAAAAUAAAAAUUAUAUUUCAGUGAGAUAUUUAAUACGGGACUAACGAAUAUCACACUAAAUUGACGUUAAGAUAUGUUGAAACAAAAACUAAUAAAAAAAAACUUUUUAGGGUGCGUUCGGAAUUGCUGAAUACUAUUUGACCACUAAUUGACAAACAAAGAUCGUUAAAAGUAGAAUUAUUUAUUUUGCGUCAUAUGCUUUGUAUUUUUACAAUAAAGGACGUAAGAUAUAGUAUGUUUAUCAAAAAUUAAACUUAAAAAAUCUUGAAUUAUUUUUUAUUUACAAAUUAUGGGCGUUUUUGAACGUAGCGUUCUGUCUUUUUAGGGUUUCGUAGCCAAAUGGCAAAAAACGGAACCCUUAUAGAUUCGUCAUUCGUCUGUCCGAUUAUGUCACGGCCACUUUUUUCUGGGAUCUAUUAUAAAUCGUUAAUAUAUGGUUGGAUAACGUUUGAACGUUUUUCUGCCUCUUUCUUUUUUAUAACAACGGGAAAGGGACAGAACGAAUAUAAUCAAAGUACAUACUUCGAAGUUGUAUUAGGCCCAUCAUAUAGAAAUGACAUUCGAAUGUAAAGGUCACUUGAAUGUCAUUUCGUCUCAUUCGCAUUGUCGCAGUGAGCAAAGUCGCAUUUUACUCAAAGUUUUUAAGCAGCAAAGUACCCUUGUUCGAGCUGUUGAGGUGAAUAUACCAUUUCAUUAUAAAUUCUACAAAUUUUAACAUUUCAAACUACGUAUAUAAUUUCAGAAAUAAAUCCUUUAAGUAAAACUAAACCUGUGAUCUUGUAGGCGCCAAUAACCCGAAGAACUUUAACAACGAAUUCCUAAAGGAUUAAAAAGUUAAAUCAACAUGGGUCUCAUUUAUGCAUUUGUAUUUGCUAAUUUUCUGGAAUAAAAUAAUUAUACUUAAUUUCAUUCACUACUACCUAUCCUUUUGAAAAAACCUAGCUGUUAUGACGCUUGAUUGAUUAGGUAUAUUGAGUCACCGAUUUUAAAAUCUGCAGAUUUUUUAUUUUUAUAAAUGUAUAGUGGGGAAUUCAUAGUUAAUAUAUACGAGUAUAUUUCACUUUAAUUGUAGAGGGAGCUGCUUGGAAUAAUAUUUAGUGAUUCUCAUAACAUGUCAAAAUUUCAGGGUACCAAACUGCAAUACUGUUAUUAAUAAAUACACUUCACGAAACAUGCUAAUUAUGUAUUUUGACAUAUGUAUUAUGUAUUUUGACACAUUAAUAAAUAUUAUUCUUAAACGGU